AUCCACUCAUAUAAGGAGCGGGAGCGAGCGGCUCGGAUCCUGACACGGCAGCUCUGGGCAGAGAGAAAAGCCGAGCGACUGGUCCCCGGGAACUCAGCCCCAGGCGCAGGUCCACGCCCGCGGCAGGGCAGCCCCGCGGACUGAGGGACGGAGCCGGGCCCGCCUGCUGCCCGGAGCGCAGCACAGGCUUCUGCGGAUGGACCCUGAGCCGAGCGCUGAGCCCGGCGUCUGAGCAGCGGACGUCCCAUGCGCGGCGGCCUGCUGAGCGGCGGGAGGGUCAGCGAAGACGCAGGCAUGUGGCGGCUCGUGUUCCUCACGCUGAGCUGGGACCUGGUCCCGGCCGCAGCCCACAGCCUCCACAGGAGCAUGGACGGCGUGGGGCGGCGGCAGUACCAGGUGCAGCACGGCGCCUGCAGCUACACCUUCCUGCUGCCCGAGACCGACAACUGCCGCCCGCCCGCCAGCUCCUACGUGCCCAACGCCGUGCAGAGGGACGCGCCGCUCGACUACGACGACUCGGUGCAGAGGCUGCAGGUGCUGGAGGGCAUCAUGGAGAACAACACGCAGUGGCUGAUGAAGCUGGAGAGCUACAUCCAGGACAGCAUGCGCAGGGGCGUGGCCGCGCUGCAGCAGAGCGCCGCGCACAACCAGACGGCCGCGAUGAUGGAGAUCGGCUCCAGCCUCCUCAACCAGACGGCCGCGCAGACGCGCAAGCUGACGGACGUCGAGGCCCAGGUGCUGAACCAGACGACGAGGCUCGAGCUCCAGCUUCUGGAACAUUCCCUGUCCACCAACAAACUGGAGAAACAGAUCCUGGACCAGACCAGUGAAAUAAACAAGCUGCAGGAUAAGAACAGCUUCCUGGAGAAGAAAGUGCUCGACAUGGAAGGCAAGCACACGGUGCAGCUCCAGUCCAUGAAGGAGGAGAAGGACCAGCUGCAGGUGCUGGUGUCCAAGCAGAACUCCAUCAUCGAGGAGCUCGAGAAGCAGCUGGUGACGGCCACCGUGAACAACUCGGCCCUGCAGAAGCAGCAGCACGACCUCAUGGAGACCGUGCACAGCCUGCUGACGCUCGUGUCCACGCCGGGCGCAGCCCGGCCCGCCCCGGCCGCUAAGGAGGAGCAAGUCGCUUUCCGAGACUGCGCGGAGGCCUUCAAGUCCGGCCUGACCACCAGCGGCGUCUACACGCUGACGUUCCCCAACUCCACGGAGGAGACAAAGGCCUACUGCGACAUGGAGUCCGCCGGAGGGGGAUGGACGCUCAUCCAGCGGCGAGAAGACGGCAGCGUGGACUUCCAGAGGACUUGGAAAGAGUAUAAAGCGGGCUUCGGGAACCCGGCGGGCGAGCACUGGCUGGGGAACGAGUUUGUCUCCCAGGUGACCACCCAGAAGCGCUACGUGCUGAGGAUCCGCCUGGUCGACUGGGAGGGGAACGAGGCCCAGGCCCUGUACGAGCACUUCUCUCUCUCGGGCGAGGACCUCAACUACAGGAUCCACCUGAAGGGCCUCACGGGGUCGGCCGGCAAGAUCAGCAGCAUCAGCCAGCCGGGGAGCGACUUCAGCACCAAGGACGUGGACAGGGACCGGUGCAUCUGCAAGUGCGCACAGAUGCUCACGGGAGGCUGGUGGUUCGACGCGUGUGGCCCCUCCAACCUCAACGGAAUGUACUACCCCCAGAGGCAGAGCACCAACAGGUUCAACGGCAUCAAGUGGUACUACUGGAAGGGCUCGGGAUACUCGCUCAAGGCCACGGCCAUGAUGAUCCGGCCCGCGGACUUCUGAGGCCUCCGCCCGCGGCGGGGGUGGGGGCGGGGGCUGCGACGUCCUCCGCCGAAGCCCGAGUCAGAGCCCCCCAAACUCCCCGCUGACACCUGCCCUGCUCGGCAACCCCAGCACAGCCCGACCUUCACCUCGUGACCUGCAGGGUGUCUGCGCAGAGACGAGCUUACGCUGCAAAUGAGAUGAUGGCUCGCCGGCUCCGUGUCACGCCGAGCACGCCGAGUGGAGCGCAUCAGUGAAUAACUGGAAACAGCUCCAGGCUCUGGGGCUGUCUGGCUGCACCCCCGCUCGCCUGCCAGGGCUGACGGAGGGACGGCAGCCUCCACGCCUGGCACAGACUCAGGUCCCUGGGAGGGUCAGAGUGCCUUCUGCCCUCUCUCGAGUGCUUUAAUUUUCACCUGGAAACAGCGUGUCUGCACAGGCGUCGCCAGCUGAGUUCUAAGCUAAUGCUCAAAAAGAUGUCAAGUUUAUACAGAGAAACUCCCAGGAUGUAUUCUUUCAUUUUAUGUAAAGAUUGUACUACUUGUUUUUGCUGCCUGACUGUUAACUAUGAAGGUAUUUUUAGUAAUUAAAUAUAACUUAU